GCGCCGCCAUGGAGGGCGAGGCGAACGGGACCCUCCAUCCGUCCUGCGGCGCCAAAGACCCUCCCUACUCGCAGGAGCUGCUCCAGAGCCUUGACCUACCUGGGAGAUUUCUCUUUGCAAUCUUGACCCUGAUGAUGCUAAUUGCUGAUCUGGUGUUCAUAGAGGAAGCUGUCUACAUCUAUAGGAAAAUCCCCUCCUCCAAAAGAGCAAUCAUAAUUUGGAUUACUGCUGCAGCUCCAGUGAUUGCAACUACUUCAUGCAUUGGCAUGUGGAUUCCUCGCUCAACAAUGUUUACAGAUUUCACAGCAGCAGUAUUUUUUGCUAUAGUUAUCCACAAGUUCCUGAUGAUGAUGAUUAAAGAGUGUGGAGGUCAAAAGCUUCUCCUCAGGAGGUUUGAAAAUGGUCGCUUCAAGAUCAGCACUGGUCCCUGCUGCUGCUGCUGUCUUUGCCUUCCUCGUGUGCGCAUCACUAGGCGAACUCUCUUUUGGCUGAAGCUGGGCACCUUUCAGUUUGCUUGCUUUCGACCCAUGCUCAUAUUCUUAUCAAUAGUGCUUUGGACUAAUGGCAAUUACACCCUUUCCAAUUUAUCUCCCAAAGGAGCUGCAAUAUGGAUUAACUGUCUUGUUGGUGUCCUCACCAUUAUUGGUCUGUGGCCAGUUGGAAUCAUGUUUCUACAAGUUAGAAAGGUCCUUACCUGUAAAAAGAUCAUCCCAAAGUUUGCUCUUUAUCAGUUUAUUGUCAUUCUGAACAACUUGCAAACAACUAUUAUCAAGAUGUUGGCUACGCAAAGGAUCAUUGCCUGUGUUCCACCACUCUCCUCUUCAGCAAGAGGAGCAUAUGUGAGCCAGCAGCUCCUCAUCAUGGAAAUGUUUCUGAUAACACUAAUCUCAAGGGUGGUCUAUCGGAGAAGAUAUGAUGACCUAGAGCCUCCUGAGUGUACAGCUGAAGAAGCUGGGGACAAAAAGCAGAUUCCUAAGACUAUGCUGAAUGGCACAGUUAGUGAAGAUGGAUUGCCAAGGGUUUAGAAGCCCUCUGUGCUCCUGUUCUGCAUGGGCCUGAAGCUCAGCUUCAGGAGCUUGUAUAUUUUUGCACUACAAACAGCUGCUGUUCAUGUCAGAAUAACUUCUGACAUAAAUGCCUGUCAGCUGCAGUUCUGAAAGGACCACUAGUGGCAAGAUAACUCUGUUGAUUCUCCAGUGAUAUAUACAUGGUGUGAGUGUUUUCUUACUGUGUGAUUUAGUGAGAUUUCAUACCAUGUACUUUUAUGCUGUUAUUGAGCACUUGGUGGUAGCCAAAAUAUCUCACAAUGUGAUUUGAUUUUAAUUUUUU